CGUAGCAAACGGCUUUUGCCUGGCAAUGUGAGAGUUCUUGUGGGCAUUGCAAAAUGUUUAAAACCACACGUUUAUAUAAAAUUAUAAAUAAAAAUGUGGUUAUCACAUUUUCGAGGCGGCAGAAUACGGCCGCUGAAGUGGGACAGAGCUUCCGGCAGAGGGCGUGGCUGCUCGCCAGAGAGCGGUACAAGGAUCACGAGCACGUUCAUUACAGCUCCGUUCUGGAGACCAAUAUAAAACCCUCUUUCUCGAUUCCUGAGGCACAACAGAAUUUUCCCGACGACUGGAUGGACGACUACGAGUUCUAUCAGGGCGCCCAGGAGGGGGCGACUAAGCAGGGCACACCGGAUCCUUCGUUACCCGCCUCAAAGGUUCCAUGCAACGGCUGCGGCGCGGAUCUGCAUUGCUCGAAUGCCUCUCUGCCCGGCUAUAUACCAAGUGAAAUAUUCAGGGGAAGGACGCAGCAGGAACUGCAAACGAUUACCUGCAAGCGUUGUCACUUUCUAAACCACUACAACAUCGCACUGGAUGUGGAGGUGGCGCCAUCGACCUACGUGGACACCAUAUCACGCAUUCAGGACAAAUUUGCACUGGCUAUUGUGUUGGUGGACCUGCUGGAUUUUCCCUGCUCCAUUUGGCCGGGCAUGCAAAACAUAUUGGGCGCAAAGCGUCCCGUCUUCCUGGUGGGCAACAAGGUCGAUCUGCUGCCGCGCGACUCCAACAUCUAUCUGCAGCAUAUUAAGGAUUCUCUGCAGCGCGAGUUCAUCAAGCAUGGCGGUGGAGAUGGGCUAAAUAUCAAGAAUGUCAGUUUGAUAUCCGCCAAAACGGGCUAUGGCAUCGAGGAGCUAAUAACGCAGCUGCACAAAACGUGGGCCUACAAGGGCGAUGUCUAUCUGGUGGGCUGCACCAAUGUAGGCAAGAGCUCGCUGUUCAACAUCCUGCUUAACUCGGACUACUGCCGCCCGGAGGCCAGUGACCUGGUGCGCAAGGCCACCACCUGUCCCUGGCCGGGCACCACACUCAAACUGCUGCGGUUUCCGAUCCUGCGUCCAUCAAGCGAUCGAGUCUACCAGCGCUUCCAGAGAUUGGUUUCGGAGCGCAGCGAGAAGGCGGCAAUGGAAAAGGAGCGUCGCGCAGUGGCAAGGGAAACGGGUUCAGCGGCAGCUGCUCAACCAGUGGCGCCGGUUGGACGCACCUUCGAUCGGCGCGAGAGUGUCAAUGAUGCCUUUGCCAUGGCCGGUGGUUCUCGUCCGAUUACAACGCUAAACGAUCGGCACAAGGAUUACAAGGAAGCGCGUUGGGUCUACGACACACCGGGUGUGAUGCAGCCCGACCAAAUAUCUCCACUACUCACCGCCGAGGAGCUGGUAAAGUUGCAGCCCGCCACCAUGAUCCGACCGCGCGCCUUUCGCCUGCGGCCCCAGAUGAGCAUCCUGCUGGGCGGUCUGGCCAGAUUGGAUCUGCUGGAAAUAACAAGCCCAAGGAAGCACUUUGACUGGCUGAAGGUGUUUGUAUUUGCCUCAGAGCAUCUUCCUAUUAUGAUAGCUGAUACAGAGGCGGCGGAAAGUGUGUACAAAAGAUACGUGGGUUCGCCCUUUCUGGGUGUUCCCUUCUCCAGCGAGGACUUAGAGGCCCGCCUGCGCCGCUGGCCGGGAUUGCAGUGCAAGGAUGGGGAUUUUGUGCUGGCAAGUGAAGGAAGGAACGAGGGGACGAGGCUUAACUGUGAUAUUACGCUCAGCUCUGCGGGCUGGAUGGGAUUCCUACUGCCGGGAAACUCGGAGUGUCGUCUGCGGGCCUGGACACCACAGGCGGCAGGGAUUUACAGACGUGAACCCGCAUUAAUACCUUUAGCCGAUCGAUUGGUUGGCAAGCACAUAAGGUAUUCCCUGGCCUACAACACCACAAAGCCAUUUGUUUACAAAAAAUAAAGAAUAACAAAUUGUUUAUAACUCUGUUA